UUGAGAAGAUAACCCGGAGCUAUCCGCGGAGGUAUCGGGUCGGCCAUAUGGGCUCGGCUCAAAGCCGAGCGCGAGGUCUCUUAUAAAUGCGUGGCGUUCGUUCAUGCCUUCCAGUCGGUGGGAGAUCAGCCUUUCCGCGGGAACGAUACGGCGCGACGAUACAACGUCAACGUUACACGCUUGGAAUAAACGCGUCGUUUCUCCUCUCCUCCCUGUCGUCCCUUGUCUUUUCUUCUCGCUGUCCCCUCGCGGGCCGCCGCGGUCGGGAAACCGCGGUCGGUGCGGGCGAAAUCAUGCCGCGGAAUGUCUUUUAGCACAUCCGACUUUCCUUCGCGUUAAAUCGAACGGAACUUGUGCCGUUUGGGUGUGUUACUCCUUGGAAUGCCAGUGGGCGAGUGCGCAUCCCCUCGGCGAAGAAACGGAGCGAGCCGAUAAAUCGGUGCGACGCAAACUGCGUGACGCAGCGUAUUAAGAGGAAUAACAAAGGCUGCUGCUGUUUGAGACUUGCGCAUUGAGCAGAGAUUGAAAAUGCUCGGCAUCGUAGCGAUAUUACUGGAUCCUUUUCUGCUUAUCGGGCUCCUCCUCGGUAGCCUGUACUUCUAUUUCACGGCCACCUUUGACUUUUGGGAAUGCCGCGGCGUACCGUUCAGAAAGCCGACCGUGCUGGUCGGGAAUUUCGGUCCCUUGCUUUUGUUCCGACAGUCUCUGCCGGAAAACGUGAAAGAGAUGUAUCAGUGGUUCAAGGAUGAAAGGUUCUUCGGCGCAUUCCGAGUAAGAUCGCCCGUGCUGAUCUUACGCGACCCCGAUCUGGUGAAGAGCGUAUGCGUCAAGGAUUUCGCUUGCUUCCUGAACCGUGGGAUUCCGGUCAAUAACGAUCAGGAUCCGCUCUCCGGACAUCUGUUCAAUCUCGAAGGGCGCAAAUGGAAGGGCCUCAGGUCGAAACUGACGCCCGCUUUCUCGUCGGGCAAGCUGAAGCGGAUGUUCUACUUGUUGGUGGAGUGCUCCGAGGAGUUGCAGAGACUCAUCAAGGAAGCGAGCUGCAACGACGACCAAACCGUCGAGGUACGGGAACUGGCCGCGAAAUUCAUCAUCGACGUCAUCGGCAGCUGCGCCUUCGGCAUACAGAUAAACGCGCUCACUGACGACGAAUCCGAGUUUCACAGGGCGGCGAAGAGGCUCAAGCCGAGUUAUAAGGACUCUCUCUGGAGGAUGCUACGAACGGCCAUGCCGAAGUUGUACAAACUGCUGGGUAUUCAGCUCGUUGAUCCAAGUGUUACCAAAUUCUUCAUGGACGUCGUGUCGCAAAUGAUCAGCCAGAGGGAAAGUAACGGCACGACCAGGUACGACUUUAUGGACCUGCUGAUCGAGCUAAGAAACAAGGGUACUCUGGAGAACGAAGCCGGCAACCCGACGAUCUGCAGCGACGAGGACGCCCAAGCGGCGAAGGAAGCCGAAUUAGAUCAGCAUACUAUCGCGGCGCAAGCAUUCGUUUUCUUCGCCGCCGGCUACGAAACGUCAUCGAACACGAUCGCGUUCUGCCUCUACGAGCUGGCCUUGAACCAGGAAAUCCAAGAUAAGACCAGGCGAGAGAUACACGACGUUUUACAAGAACGGGGUGAAAAAUUGACAUACGACGCGGUGCAGGAAAUGAAGUAUCUCGACAUGGUAAUAUUAGAGACUCUCAGGAAAUAUCCGCCGGCCCCGCUGCUCUCUCGAAGAUGCGAGUACAACUACCAAAUACCGAACAGCAAUGUGGAGCUGCCGGCCGGCAUACGGGUCAUCAUACCGAUUUACGGCCUCCACCACGACCCGAAUUACUAUCCCGAUCCGGCAAGAUUCAAUCCCGAGAGAUUCACGGAAGAGAAUAAACGCGCGAGACAUCCCUACACGUAUCUUCCAUUUGGAGAAGGGCCACGAAAUUGCAUAGGCAUGCGGUUCGCGUUGCUGCAAAUCAAGAUGGGGAUAAUAUCAUUCCUGAAGGAUCAUCGAGUCAAAAUAUGCGACAAGUCGACGGUGCCGAUCAAGUUCAGCAGACGGAGUCUCGUGACCACGAACGAGGCAGGAUUUUGGCUCGCCAUUACUUCCUCUUCCUAAAUACAGACUGCAUUUGAUAGCGCGUUUCUUUUUCCUUCAAGAAACCAGUGAUUAACGUUAAAAAUAGACGCGUAUAUAAAUUCGCUACGAUAAUGCACUUAAUUCGCGACAGAGAAACAGAACGUCAGCUGUCACUCGUUUGUUUCUUGCAAAUUAAUUAAUGCAGAAUUGGAGGAAGAUUCGCGAAAUGAAUUAAGUUCACAUAAUAUCUUUAUGUUGUUUUUCCAUCUGAAUUCAAGAUUAAAAAAAGAUAUUUGUUAUUGAUUUUUAGAAUUCUCAAUCUUGAAAGAUCUUUUCUUCUCGCUCUCCUGAAAAGUCCGAGUGUUUUAGUUUCUUCUACUUUUGACGCUUUUAAUAGAAAUCCUAUAUCUAGAACCGCGAAGGAAUAAAUCAUUCUUGUUGAUUAAAAAAGAGAACGAAACAAGAUCAUUGAAAUGUUAUCAAUGAUUUAUGUUUUAUGUUACAUCGAUCCCACCUACACAAAUAACUUUUGCAAUCGCGCAUUAGAGAUUUAUGUUGCGCGCAUAAAUACAAUUUUUAAUGCGAUAUUUGUGAAAAAUUAUCCUAUUCAGUCAAAGAAAAUAACGAGUGAACUGAUAUACUUCUGAAUCUCUCAGAAGUCAAACGUGAUCAUUUUCACUUUUUGUAUAUUAUUUCUUGAUUUUAGUACCAGAGUAUACGUAAUUAGUUUAUAAUUUCAUCAAUUUUCUCUAUUUUUUAAUUCAUGGAGUUGUAGUCGAGUUCUGAGAGUUUGAGUUCCUAGGCUCAUGUCAUAUCCCCCAUAAGUAGCAAUAAUAUUUUUUAGAGGCUUUAAAAGAAAAGAGAAUAAAGUUGUUUGCUUAUUACAUUAACAACAAUGUAAGCGGAGAAUAGCCAAUUUAACUGAAAGAUGGAAAAGUAUAAGAUGCGAGACGAAUCGAUUUAAAUUUACUCUUUUAAGUGCCUUAAUUUUUAUUUAUUAAAUAAAAAAACCGUAUGGGAUGACUCAAUAUCUUAAAAUAUUCAACUAGAUAAAAAAAAACGAUAUUAUAUGUAUACCUCCCACUAUAAGGAACAUUAAGUCACUGUUAUUAGCGACUCUCAUUUCUGCAAUGCGUACUUAUAUGUAGUUUUUGUCAUAUCGAAGAUUUAUCUCAUUACAUUAAGUUCUAGAAGUGACUCGCUCUUAACUUUCCACGAGAGGCAGUGUACUUUUUAUUCUAACAUUUAUAAAAUAUAUAUUUAUAAAAUAUAUUUAUAAACGCAGCGUUUUAAAAUAAAGUACCGCGUUCAGAGAAAUUUUUUCUGUU